UAGUCGAUAAACGUAAACAAAUAUCGUUAUUGCUGAGCAGCUUUUUGCUGCUGAGUAGCUAGGCUUUGGUUGCUUAUUCAGUUAUUGGAUCUUGUAAUUAGACAGUGCGUUUCAUCAGGAAACGAGACAUGGAGUCAUUUGUAAAAACAGAAUCCAAAACUGUUGGUAAAAAGAAAAGAAAACUACAAAACGAAGAAUACAGUGAAUCCUCAUCAUCAGGAGUUCAGGUUGAAGAGAGUAAAACAGCACAACUGCAACACAAGGAAAGCUCUGCAAAGAAAAGGGCAUCAUCUUUAAGGUCAUCUUCUUCAGCAGAAUGGUUUUUUACAUCUGAUGAAAAUGAUGACAACACUGACGAAAGUUCUUCAGAAGGAGGAUUAACGGAUGAAAAGGAAGGAACUUUUCCUGCCAGUAAAUUAAAAUACAUAGAUUUAAAAAAUAUCAACAUUUUUUAUAAUGAAAAAUUUGACCCUCUCGAGGAACUAAUGCAGAAUAUUAAAACUGACAUUUUGGAGACAUUUCCAGACAUUCCAGAUUUUGAAAACUCUGUGAAAAAGUUUAGCAGACUUACCAAGGAGAGUUUGUUGUUUUCUUGGGACUUUGAUGAAAUUAAAAAGAGGAUCAAUGAUUGCUUUAUGCUCAAAAUGCAUCGGGAAUACAAAAUUGUAAAAGAUAUAAAAUCUGACUUCGAAAAGGCAAAAGAAGUGGACAAAAAAAUGGAUCUCACUGAUUGGUUGGACAGAAAAUGGCUCCUAGGUGUUAAAACCUUUUUGUCAUCAACGUUGUCGGUUAUCAAAACCACUUUGUUUCCAACUGAUGAGGAUGACUCUGUUACAGAAAGAAAAGGGUCUAUCAAAAAGAAAAGGAGAAAAUCUAAAUAUAUGAGAAGGAAAAAUGCAGAAAGAAGCACUGAAAUAAGACAACCUUCUGAGAGUGUUUUCAAACAUAAUUGGGCAAUGUUUGGUGGGCUUUUCUUUCUGGAACAAAAAGGAGUGAUGAAAAAAAUCAUUGUUAUUGGUGAUAAAAUAGUGAAUAGUACUCCAGAUUUAGCAUAUCCAUUAACACCGGUGCCACAAGAAGGACGAAACCUACAGAAUUGUACACUGCUGUUUGUAGUUGAGGUGAAAGGAAAACCAAUCAACAAUCUCUCAUCUGAAUGUCUGGAAGAUCGACUUGACUCUUGUGUUCUUGGGCAAGUUGGAUCUGAGCUUAUUGCAGAAACAGAGAGCUCAGCUUUGUAUCCAAAUUCCCUGGGAAUAGUAUUUAUGGAAACCACAUUCAUAUUUGUCUACCUAAAAAUGCCAAAAGAACAUCAUAAAGCAGGUUCUCUACUCAAAAGUCGAGGAAACAUUCACUAUACGAGACCUUUUGAAAUGCUGAAAGCAGCCGAUAGAGCAGAAGUCAGUGAAUUUUUGUAUUGGCUUGGUUGCAUCCAAAACCGUCAUGGAAAAGAGCUAUUCUGAAAAAAGCAGGAUCAGGUGCACAUCUUAAGGAAGAACAUCCAGAGACAGGUUGACAAUAGGAACAAGUGCAAGCUUUAGUGCAGCUUGGACCAUACUUUGUUAAGGACACGGUUUGAAGCAGUUCGGUCCAAAAGAAGCAGCUGUACCUGCUACCAGUAAUGCAAGAUGAAGAUAAGAGAAAAAAAUGAUGCUUUAAAUAAAAGACUAAUUGUUUUUAAAUAUCCAGAUUUUAAUUGCUUUGCAAAAUAUCCAGCAUUUUGGAGUUUUUUCAUUACAUAAUAAAUUGGAUUUUAAGUCGAA